GAGAGUUAGAGAGAGGCUCCUGGAGAGAGGAUGAGGGCUAAAGGACUUGUGGUGCUCUUGCUUGUAGCAAGUGUUUGCGCUGGGAGUUCACGAUUUGCCCGGGACACAACGCAACAAGACAAAUCUUCCGAUUCUGAGUCAUCUUUCAACAAUGCAGCAGAACUCAAACCUGCAGUUGCCGCAGCCAAUGGCUCUGGCCCCAUCCCCGGCCCCGCAAGCCGGCCCGCCAUGUCAUACCCACCGAUGUGUGUGAAGCAAACGGAAAUCAAGCAUGCCUUCAAGUAUGUGAACACGGUGAUAUCCUGCAUCAUCUUCGUAGUGGGGAUCAUUGGGAACUCCACCCUGUUGCGGAUCAUCUAUAAGAACAAGUGCAUGAGGAAUGGCCCCAAUGUCCUCAUCGGAUCCCUGGCCCUCGGGGACCUGCUCUACAUCCUCAUCGCCAUCCCCAUCAACGUCUUCAAGCUGCUGGCGGAGGACUGGCCGUUUGGCCUCUACAUCUGCAAGCUGAUGCCCUUCAUCCAGAAAGCCUCGGUGGGCAUCACAGUGCUCAGCCUGUGUGCCCUGAGCAUAGACAGGUAUCAUGCGGUGACGUCAUGGAGCCGUGUGAAAGGCAUGGGGGUGCCACUGUGGAAGGCAAUUGAGGUGACGCUGAUCUGGGUGGCCGCCGUAGUGCUGGCGGUGCCCGAAGCAUUGGCCUUCGACAUGAUGGAGAUGUCCUACCGCGGCGCCAAGCUGCGCAUCUGCCUCCUCCACCCGCAGCAGACCCAUCCCUUCAUGAAGUUCUACCAGGAAGUGAAGGACUGGUGGCUGUUUGGGUUCUACUUCUGCCUCCCUCUGUUGUGCACGGGCGUCUUCUACACCCUCAUGACCUGCGAGAUGCUGCGCCGCAAGAAGGGCAUGCGCAUCGCCCUCAACGACCACAUGAAACAGCGUCGUGAGGUGGCCAAGACUGUCUUCUGUCUGGUGGUGAUCUUCGCCCUCUGCUGGCUGCCUCUCCACCUGAGCCGCAUCCUCAAGAAGACCAUCUACGACCAGUCGGACCCCAACCGCUGUGAACUGCUGAGUUUCCUGCUGGUACUGGACUACAUUGGCAUCAACAUGGCCUCCCUAAACUCCUGCAUCAACCCUGUGGCACUCUACUUUGUCAGCCAGAAGUUUAAAAAUUGCUUUAAGUCCUGCCUGUGUUGCUGGUGCCAGAGGAAAUCCAGGAAUAUCUCGCCGACAGACGAGCGGGGAUCUGGCGUGCGCUGGAAGGGCUCGUGCCACGGCAACGGCCUCGACCGGACCAGCUCUCGAUCAAGCCAAAAGUACAGCUCUACCUAAGACAGCCGGACCAGGGAGGCGAGGCGAGAGAACAGCUUGGAGCUGAUCCGGACCAGGCACGUUUUGGUGGUUCUGGCUUCCUGUCCUCGCCUGACAAAUGUUCUAGCUUGGACCGGAACAAUGACACACCAUUUGUCCUUACUUUAUAUAUAUAUAUCUGGAUAUGACGUCAAAUCUGUGCUUGAGAGGAACACACCCUCUCAAGACAGCAAAGAAGAAAGGUUCCGGAGCAACCAGAGAGAACCAAACGAGAUGGGUCCGGCUGGUCUGGCUGUGGGAUCACUACAACAAAAGGAGUAUUUAUCCAUGUAGAAAGAAAGAAAACUAUUGUGUAUAAAACAACUAGUAUGUUUUUUUUAAUGAUGCAAGGACGAUUAACUCAGUGUUUGUUUUGGUUUCUGAGGCAUCCUGGGCAGAGGACCUUAAUGCUUUUUGUGGCUUAAUUGUAUUAGGGGCCACAGCAGUGAAGGACAAUGAAGAUAAUAGUUUCCCAGAAAAACAUCCAUUCCAAAGGGUAAGGGCAAGCAAAAGCUUUUCAGCCCUGACUCGAGGACUGCAGUCUUGUAAACCAAACCAAGGAGGGUUGGGAGGGCAAACAUUGCGCAGGACAAGGUGUUAUUUAAUGUUAUUCAUAUGCUGAUUAUGUAUUAUGUAUAGGGAUAUCUGGUAUAUAUUUUCUAUGUAAAUCAUUUGUAGCAAGCAAAUCUGAAAGGAGUGCCUUCCAUGUCAAUUUCAUAACAUUUUUUUGUGAAAUUUCCAUGAGGAAUACCACCCGAAUGGGUAUUUUUGAUGGACUUUCAGGAGCCGCUGCGUUUUCACAAUGCGAACUGCAGCACGCAGUAGAGAAACAGACCAAAAUGGACAAAGUGCGACAGCAAAGUGAACAUGUACAGUAGAGACUGUGAUGUAAACAGGUUGUAGUGUUUUUCAUAAUUGAACUAGUUCACUCUAUUUUCUUAAAAAGAAUCCUUAUUGAUGGUCUUAAUUUGUUUUCCAAUUUAAUCUUUAUUCUAAACGUAUGUCAAGUAUUAUUAACUCAAAGCUUUUCUACUGAGUAUUGAAUUUGUUGACCAGUAUAGUAUAUGGCAAUAAAGAUUAUUUUAUCACAUAAGGGGUUUCAAAUAGUUAAUAAUAUGAACCUGAAUGUCCCUUUUAAGCACAACAGAGCACAGAUUAUGAACAAAAUACCAGGAGGUCUCCAUCUACAUUUCAGUGUAAAACCCGGUCUUGUCAUUGGUUCAAAUUACAUGACACCAACAAUCACACACUCUCUUUGUUAAAGUUUUUUUUUAAAGGUUGGGCAUGUUAUCCAUAGUGAAGGAGUCUCACACUUAAUGGCCUGUGACCUGUUUUAAGCCAUGCAGACAAAACACAUGAGGUGUUAACAUUACUUUUGACAUCAAUGUAAACCACAGAAAUCACAUUCUUGUAAUGUGACCAAUCUGGCCACAACUUGAUACGAAUGUCGUUCUCAGAUCUUUAAGUGUGACACAAUCCUUUCAUAAUCUGACCAUUAGACAGUUUGUACAAACACUUCAUACUCUUCGUCAGUUUACCUUACCUUACCUUGUAUAGACAUCAAUUUUAUAACCAAAGUCGAUUGGUAAUUACGAUCUGAGGCAGCACUCGAGCGAAUUUGGUUUUCGUGGUUUAGGGAUUCACAAAUUCUGAGGUCGAGCUAAAUCAAAUCAAAUUCUACCUGUUGAAAGUCAUUAGCAUCAGUGGUGCAAUAGAACUGCUGCCUUUCUCUAGUAAACACAGAUGUCCUUGCAUUCUCGAGACAGUCAGGAUUAGAUCAGCCACCAUGAAAUCACAGGCAUUUCGUUUGCCGAUGCUUGCUGCUAGUGGCCUGAUACUGACGUGUAGCUCUGUGACAACAAGGCUGCACAAACAUGCACAAGGUAUAGAGGAUUCUCUGCAGCUGUAUAAGGUUUGAUAGCACUAUGCGCCACAGUAUUCCCCCAACCCAAGGCACCCAUACCAUAUGCUAAUGAGAACUCAGAUUCAAGUCCAGCCUGGGUCAUUUAUCCCAACCCUACCCCACCACUCUCUACCUCUCACUUUUGGGUCAUUCCUUCCCUUCACAGUCCUAAAACCUGACAGGGACCCUGAUGAUAGGGAGUUCCUGACAGACAUUUUUUGGAAAUAAAAUAUUCUCAUGUUGAAAUCAGAUAGCCUACGCUGCAAGUGGCCAGAGAAGGAGAAGAUCGCCAUCAGUGAGAUCUAACUGGCGCGAGGGGUCAACGAGGGAUUUCACAGCAAGCAACCAAAAAGAAAAAAGACCUUCAAGUGGCCACUCACGCAACUGAGGCUUCACAACCCUGCAAAUCAUGCGAGCCCUUCUGAAGAAGCAUUUGAAUUUGAUGCCAAGCCUUCUGGUGUUCCUUAA